AUGGCAGGAUUGUUGAUCCCCUCUUUGUCGGUAAGCACGGCCUACCUCUCAACCCGGACCGCUCCAGUGGCAUUUCCUCCUAGACGGGGUUCGUCCUUGCGCCGCCCGACGGGUUUGUACCGAGACGCCAUGUACAGGCACAGCUUGACAAGUCCCACUCGAUUGAGACACAAUCGCAGCGUCUUUCCACGAACAAAGCACUACGUUAUCGACGAACCAGUGGAACGUGAGCCAUCAACAGUGAAGUUCACGUCCCACGCAGAGCAGGCUCCUACUUCGCGACGCCCUGGUUCAGCACGCGUCCGAGAUCAGCCUGGACGCACUCAGAAAUUGGAACCGACGACGUACUUGGUUAACAAUGCAAUGGAAGCAUCGGGAUCAGACCACAUCAACUGGUUACCAACACAUUCGCAUCCUUACGUGUUUGGACUAGACGCAGCAAUACACCCUGGAUACGGGUUCAUACAUCCACAAUGGAUGUGGACUUACGGUCCUGCAUUAAUAAACCGGGCCUAUCCACUUGUCCCAACACAAUACCCCACCUCGGUACACGAUUUGUCUCCACCCGAAGUACCACCGCACCGCACAACAUCGUACAGACGGAAGCAGCGAAACGUUCGUCACGGCGAACAGGUAUACGACCUCCCUGAAAGACCAGUGCACAGCAAUUUUCAGAGGAUUCAGUGGGGAAAUUUCCAAGGGUUUGCUAGACCUGUAUCGAGUAUUUCUGACGUCAGCGUGCCCGAGAGCAUUCCUAGACCUCCGGCUCGUUUGGCCCAUCGUGAUUCGGAGGCACAUACUUCUGACAACAGUGCGGAUUCGGCACUGUCGCAAGACUUGCUGUCGAGUUCCACCGUUCAUCGAUCUGGUACAGAACACCUUACCAAGAAGAGCUCCGUACCAUCGUUGUUGCGAAGUUCCAAUCCGGAUUCAGACUCAUUUGACGACGCUGAGGACGAGCAAAAUGUCGAACAAGCGCUUCCAUUUUGCUUGCCACCCACUCCUGACCACUGUUCUCCGAAAAAACCACAUACGGACUCUGGAAGUCUCGUUGUUACACCAAGCAAAACCUACCCAGAUAAUAACCUUCCAACACCUCCAGCUGAAAGUCUGCUCAACAAAAUGAAUGGAUUGUCUGUUUCAUCCACUACGUGCCAGACCUCAGUGAACCAUCGGACCGUCGUUUCGAACGGUCGACUGCUGUCCGACGUGUCACAACGGUCUAGACAUCUACCCCAAACCCCACAAACGCACACUCCAACUAACGGGACGUCUUCGUUACAUUUCGAUGAGAAAGUCGACAAGUCGAACACGUGGACCACCGUGAGCAAUGCGGCCGGAGAAUCGGACUUUGACCUUGAAGUGGAGCAGAAUCGGGCGUCUUGCUCGUCAGUGGAAAAUAGUCAGUCAAGUCGAGUUUUCACACAGACAAACGAAGUUUAAUCUGACAUGCAUCACCAACAAGUCCUUGGUUUAACCGUUAAUUUGAUAUCCAUAAAUUAUUUGAACUCCUGCAGUUCCUCUUUUAUCAUCCACCAUAAAAGUAAAUCAUCUUUUUCAUAUGAACG